GAAUUCAAUGCCUUUACCACCCGUCUUUUAUCACUACUUCCGUACACCGCUACCAUAUACACGGACUCUCCUCCUCCAAGAAAAGAUACAUCAAAUUCAGCUUGCUGCUCGCCGUUCAUCAUCUCAUCAUGACAUUCUGCUUCUACUCGAGCACCGCCCAGUGUACACAUCGGGACGCCGGCAAACCGAACAAGAACUGCACGCAGAACGUGCACGUCUAACAUCGAUUGGCGCAGAAUUUUUCAUAGCAGCGCGCGGUGGACAAUUGACAUAUCAUGGACCCGGCCAGCUCGUUGGUUACCCACUUCUAGACCUUGCUCGCACAUCUCCGCCGAUUGGCAUCCGUGAUUACAUUUGCAUAAUGCAAAAGAUGAUUCAAUCUUAUUUGCUGCGGACGCACGAGAUUACCCAUGUACCCUCAGACAAUACUGGCGUAUUUUUGGACCCUGUGACAAAGAUAGCAAGUAUCGGCGUCCAAGUACGCCACCGACUCACGACGCACGGAUUUGCUAUGAACGUCACAAAGGAGCCUUUGGAGUGGUUUGCACAAGUUGUGGCGUGUGGGUUAGUUGACGUCAAGGCUGGGUGCAUAACGGAAGCGAAAGGAAAGAAUGUACGGGUGGAGGAUGUUGUGCCAGGUAUCGUUGAUGCGUUUGGUACCUCAUACGGGAGAGAUAUGGUGAAAUUAUGCCCCCAGAACGCUGGUGAGCUUGGAGAGGCUAUUCUUGCACUAGAGGAAGAUGCACUAGCUGCUGGGGGAUGGCUGAAGGCACCUUCCCCGACCUAAUAGAAGCAGCAAUGUUCAUUGCAGACGACCGGGGGCUCUGUUGAUCGUUUCCAUUCACCGUGCACUAUGACAUCUGCAGGUGUGAUAAAGUCUACGUAUGCUGCCAAGCAGCCUACAAGUUGAAAGUACAUUGUGAGUAUUGGAUGCUAGAGCUCGCAUACGUCAGGAUACUUGGCACUUGUGGCGCACAUUUCAGUACUGUGCUCCACCCAAUGACGGUGGAUGAAUUGGCUUCGAAAUUCAUCGAUUCAUCCAGCAAGCAUCAAUUAACUAUGACGGUAUCAUGAGGUGCAUCUAAGCAGUAUAAAAUAGGUGCGGCCCUAGGCCUCAGGAACCGUUGUUGAGAUAGAAGUCGAAUAUUUAUUUUCAAAUUCCUGUAUCCAAUGCCAGGUAACAGCGCCUAGUCCCGGACUCCAUUUUCGCAC